CCUUCACGCCAUUCAAAAUGGCGUGUAGACAAAUUCUGCGACCCUUCUCUGUCUGUGUUUUUCGAAAAGAAGGAUUUCAAAGGGUGUUUUCUUAUUCGAGAAAUAUUGCAACAUUUCAGAAUCAAAGAAAAAACUUGUUAAAAUGGAAGCCUCGACUGACACUUAUGAGGACAAUGUUUAUUCAGACACAAGAAACACCCAAUCCAAACAGUGUGAAGUUUAUUCCUGGCGUCCAGGUUCUAGAGAGUGGCACCAUAGACUUUCCCAAUCCCCAGUCAUCAGCGUGCUCUCCAUUGGCCAAGAUGCUCUUUAGAAUUGAUGGAGUAAAAGGUGUAUUCUUUGGUCCAGAUUUUAUCACUGUUACAAAGGCGGAUGAUGAUUUGGACUGGCAGUUGAUGAAGCCAGACAUUUACGCCACAAUCAUGGAUUUCUUUGCCAGUAAUUUGCCCAUUCUAACGGACGAGCAGCCCUCCACAGAUACAGCAAUUGACCCAGAUGAUGACGAGACUGUGUUGAUGAUUAAAGAACUACUGGACACCCGGAUCAGACCGACAGUACAGGAGGACGGAGGAGACAUUGUAUACAUGGGUUUUGAGGAUGGCAUCGUUAAACUGAAGAUGCAGGGGUCCUGUACCAGCUGUCCUAGUUCUGUGGUUACUCUGAAGAGUGGUGUACAAAACAUGCUCCAAUUCUACAUCCCAGAGGUCCUGGGGGUCGAACAGAUUGAGGAUGAAGUGGAUGAUGUAAACAAGGCAGAGUUUGAAAAGUUAGAGAAAGCAUUGGAGGAAAAGGCAGGAAAGUCACAUGACACAUAAUGGAGUCACGUGAUGUAUUUCAAAAUUCUAUGAUUCUAAGUCAUUAUGACUUUCUGUUAAGUUGUCAAUGAAUGAUAAGUGUUAUAACUUGUGUGGACACAUGUACAUUGCUUGGUGUAGGUAAUGCUGCCAUUUCUUUAUGCCAUUUAUUCCUUGUGGAUUUUUUAUACACCUUGUCUGUAAUCCAAAUGUUAAGGUGUGAUAAAUAAACUGUCAUAUCUUAAAACAAAGGAUACCUUUCAGGUUUUGAUACUUUAAUUACUAGUAGUGUAAAUACUAAAGUUUUACAGCUUGAAACUUAGUGUCAAUGUUUACUAAAUCUUAGACCUAUAUAUGUACUGUGUAUGUAUGUAUGUAUGUAUGUUUUGUUGAUUUUUAUUAUUUAAUAAAGAAUGUUCAUGAAACAUAAACAAAUGA